UCACUCUCUAAACCUACAAUGAUUCCAUGUCUGGUGGACUCCAAACGCCACGACACGUAAUCUUUCCUCUUCCAAAUAACCAAUCAGAUCGUGAUAACGCAACCUUUCUUCGUUUCAGAACCACAACACCUAAAAAACACCACCUUUCUUGGCACCAUCGUAGUUUUUCAUUUAAACGGUGGCAUUUGCGGAAUUUCGCACUUUUCUCUCUACAAAAGAAGAAAGAAAGAUCCGCCCUUUCGUUAACCCUCUCCAACGUUUCCUUUUUCUUUUCAUAAAACCCUACAACCACCAUGGCACGGCUACCCAAGCUCCAAGUUGCCGCCGCCGCCUCCUCCUCGGUUUUGAAAUCACUUAGGCGUGGGUUCCGAACCUUUGGAUCAGCCGCAGCGUUGGAGCUUGACUGCGACUAUGAAUACUACGAGUACGAGCAAGCUCACCGGGAUCGGCUCCCGGCUCAGUUGAAGGUUGACGUGGAUGGCUCGGUGCCGGAGAGGGGAGUCCAAUGGGUGCUUAUAGGGGAACCUGGAGUGAAACGGCAUGCUUAUGCUGAGAGGCUUUCGAAGCUUCUAGAAGUUCCUCAUAUUUCAAUGGGUACCCUUGUUAGACAAGAGCUUAAUCCUCACUCUUCUCUUUACAAACAGAUUGCAAAUGCUGUGAAUGAAGGAAAGCUUGUUCCAGAGGAUGUAAUUUUUGCUUUGUUGUUUAAGAGACUUGAAGAAGGUUACUGUGGAGGUGAAAAUGGUUUUAUUCUUGAUGGAAUUCCUCGUACCAGGAUGCAGGCUGAGAUUCUUGACCAAAUUGCUGAUAUUGGCCUGGUUGUGAACUUUAAAUGUACUGAAGAUUACAUGUUGAAGAAGAGUUCAGAAAGUGAGUUUCAUCACAUAGGCAACUCCAAGGAUGUUGGAAGUUCCUGGAAGGAAAAUGUCCAUCGAUACUCAGAGCAGGCAAAGUCAGUGGAGGAUUACUACAGUAAGCAAAAGAAGCUUCUCAACUAUCAGGUGGCUGGUGCAUCAGCAGAUGCAUGGCAAGGUCUUUUGGCUGCAUUACGUCUCCAGCAUAUGAAUGCUCUCAGUUCUUCGCAGAAGCUGACAGCAUAAACCUGGUUAUUCUUUAAACUCAGUGGACCUUACCUUAAUUGAUAUUCCGGCAUGGUAGUAAAUAUGUAACGAGUGAUAGAUAAGUUUUUUGAGUGUGGCAAACACCCAAGUUGGAUUUGCCUCGAAUUUUUGUUUCCUUAUAGUAAGG